ACAAAUAAAUCCUUUUUUUCAUGAAAAUUCAUCACUAAACGACAUGUUAACAAAAUCGGGAAUUUCUAAGGUGAGCCCGGGACUACGCGCUUCGACGACGAUCCAGCCGGCAUCCUGGGGCAACAAUCAGCCUGAGAGGACGAGGCACGUGCUCUUACCGCUACGACUCGCCAGUGCCGACGACCGAUUCAUACCGCGCAGGCGCGGCGUGAACGUCGACGUCUCCCACUACCAUCACACGCGCAACGCCGUUAGCGAGAAGGAUGGCGUUUAUUUGGACGUCUUUGAGGAGGUCAAAAAUGCAACUGAUCGCUGGCGACGAAAGUACAUGGACAAUGCAUUUCAAAUACUCAAUAUUCUCAAUGGUUUGCAUAACAAACGCGUGUUGAAUAUUGGCGAAUCAUCGAGCAUCGACUUGAAAAAGCUCAAGCUGCGUGAAUUCAAUGACGAUUGCCAAUGGGAUUGUCGGCCACGGAAGCAGCCGCUCAUGAAUAUGAAGGGGGAAAAUUUGAAGAGUUAUCGAGAUCACGGAGCUCAAAUUUUUCGUUUUGCAAUGGCAAUAAGAUUUAAAAAUCUCAUCGAUUGGAGCUCAAAAAAUAUUCUCGCUGCUGGAUUAGCCGAUACAAUGUGCAUCUGCAAUGUGGAUUUUAAACAUCUAUCUAAGGUGUAUAGAAUUGAUCAUACUUCUUAUUUAUGCUGUUUAAAAUGGAAUAACGAAGGCAAUCAAAUAGCAAUGAGUGGUGUUGAUGGAAGUACAAGCACGUACGAUACCCACUCGAAUAAAGUUAUUUGGACACGAAAAUGUCCUUGUUAUGAUAUUCAUCCAAAAAAGUGCAAGGUAUCUUGUACAAUUUGGGCAAAAAUGGAUGAACAUAUUAUCAAUGCCUGCGACGAUGGAUGUUUGAGCAUAUUAAGUUCUUCGAACGGUAGUUUGAUUACUUCUAAACACUUUCAUAGGGAAAUAUUUUCGAUUUCCGUAUCGCCAAAUGAUCAAUAUUUAGUCGUUAGCGGAACAGAUAAACUCGUCAAACUCUUCGAUUACCCCUCAUUGGUGCAGCUAUUUGAAAUUGUAUUUUACGCUUGCAUUAAGGCCUUCGCCUGGCACCCCUGGUCAUCGGGGAUACUCUGCAUCGGCGGCGGUCCCGGGGACGCCUCCGUCUCCCUCUGGAACGUCAACAGUCAGCGCCAAUUGGGCUACCGCAAGGUCAAGUUCGUCGGCUCGGUCGAUAGCAUGAUGUUCAAUAAGCUGAGUGGCGAGCUCCUAGUGCACUGGUACUACCUGGAGAACGACCGACUGCGCUCGAAGAUAGCUAUACUCGCUGGCCUCGACCACAUCGUCGACGCGGUGCCCAUUCAGUCGGAGCACAGGAUGCUCAACAUCGUCUGGAGUCCCGACCAUACGAAACUCGCUAUGCAGUAUCGUGAUACACUAGUAAUUUGGAAUUUUUUCGGCAACGAAUUUCACAAAUGGAUCAAAACUAAGAAAAAGCAGAAAAAUAAAGAUUCUAAAAGUAAUUUAAGAAGCUAUUAUUUUGAUAUUCAUACCACUACAGAACCGUACAUCGCCUUGACAAAUUCCAGGCGUGGCAAGGAUUUUAGUUAUUAUGACAUACGAUAAUAUUAUUGUUAUAACAUUUUCAAGUUUUUAUAUUCUGAUUUUAAAUUUUAUGUAUUUUAUAGACAUUUCAUAUUCUCUGUACACAUGAUUAAUUCCCGAUGAAAUUAAUUACUGUGCCAAAGAAAUUUUUUACAUGAAGAAUAGUACGUGUAUCGAAAGGCAAUAUGUACAUAUAUAUGUACAAAUAUGAGUUUUUUUUUUUAAAUGAAACGUGAUAAUGUUUAGAUUUCAAAAAGAUCAUUCUUUGUCCCGAGUGUUAGAAAUCUUAAUGUGAAUUACUUGUCUUUAAAAGCUCUCUA